CUUCUAAUUAAUUUGAAGAGUUUUGGAUAGAAAGAAGACAAUUCAUUUCUUAUAAACUGGAAGAUAGAAUGUCGAUACAAGAAUUUAAAGACUGUGAUGAUAUGAAAAUACGUGUAUGGGUUGAUAACGGUCAUUAUUUUCCUGAAGUAAUGGCAACACGACCAGACCAUUUGAAAGAACUACAGAGCUGGGAGACGAGGCAUGAUGAUGUGUUGGUGUGCACCUAUCCGAAAUCCGGUACAUUAUGGCUUUGGGAUAUUGUGUCACUACUUAUUAGUAACCAGUCAGAAGUUUUAGACCGCGUUUUUGAUACAUCCAACUUGGAACUUAAUGGGACAGAAAAACUGGACGAAUUACAAUCUCCUAGAGUUCUACAGUCUCACAUGACACCCCACUCCCUCCCUAAAUCAAUUAUUCGGAAGAAAAACAAGAUAAUUUAUGGAAUCAGGAAUCCAAGAGAUGUAGCUGUAUCAAUGUAUCAUUUCAUGUUAAAGUUACAUGACAGCUGGUCAAGUUACAAAGGAUCAUGGGACAACUUUCUAAAACUGUUUCAAACUGGAACACUUGGGUAUGGAUCUUGGUACGAACACGUCAAAAGUUGGGAAGAACUGCAACUGGACCAGGAACAUCCUGUUUUGUUUGUAUCUUAUGAAGAUCUUCAUCAUGACUGCUUUAAAGAAGUAAAGAAAAUAUCAGAAUUUCUGGACUUAUCUAGAACGGAUGAUACAAUCCACGGUAUUGUUAAGAAUACCCAGUUUGACAAUUUCAAGACAGAAAAACUAAAAUCCGUGGGCCAUAAACUUACAGCGAUCAGUAAAGAUGGAACAGAUCCUUACUUCAGAAAAGGAAUUGUAGGUGACUGGAAAAAUACAUUCUCAGACGAGCAAAUAGAGGAAUUUGAACAAACAAUUGUGCAAAAGAAAGGAAAGUCUAAGUUGAUAAGAAGAUAUACAAAAGGUCACCAGUUCGUUUAAAGACCAAACUUGCUGUAGUUAUGAAUGUUAUAAACUAAGCACACCUGCAUUAUACAAAUAUAGUUUGAUAUCUUGCUUCACGACAUGACCUCACGGUUAUACUAAUAUUUUUAAAAUACUCAUUCAUUGACUUCAUGUGUUAAUAACAUUAUGUAUAUAUAUUUUAACAAAAUAGCGAGUAAAUAAUGUGAUAGUGUAAUCCAUAUAUAUUGUGAAACUUGACUGAAAAUGAACAAAAUGUAUAUUUAAAGGCAAACAAUACGAAAUUCAUUUGCCCUAAAAGUAUUUUAAGACGUCCAAAUAUACUUAAGUUUGGAAUUCUAAAGACUCGUAAGUGACCUGAAAUCAAUACUUCCAGAAGUGUGUUUAUUCAUCAAACUAAGUUAAAUAAAAAAAAGACAGUUGAUUCACAAAUAGGUGAAGAUUAUAUAUUGUAUAUAAAUGAUGCUAAAAUAUUUUAAAACGAACAUUGUUAGAAUUAUUUACUCUGCUUAAUUCCCUGAUUACUCAGUAACUAAUUAAAAAGAUAUAUAGGCGAAUUGUGUAAUCUGGAUGAUUGAUUUGUUAAUGCAGCAGAAGUGCCAUACAAUACUAGUAAUUGUUUUUUAAAAUAUAUUUAUUUUAUCAAAUUUUCAGUAAUCCCGGUUAUCAUUCAUUUCUUAGAUACUGAUUUGUUACUCAUAUCUUGUUCUCUAUAUCUUACCACUUUAUAUAUUUACUCAUAUCUUGUUCUUUAAAAUCUGACCACUGUAUAUGAUUUGUUGAUAUAUGGUAUAUACGUUUCAGUGAAUUUGUAAAAUCCCUGAAAUGUCAGGAGUUUGUUUAAUCUCGAAUUCAUUGAGGAAUCAUAACAUCCCUGAUUUUGUCAAGGCAUUUUACAAAAUCACUACUUUUUUUUUACAGAUUUGCUUGUUUAAUCCAAGGAAUUUAGAAAAAGAAAUUAAUGGACUUUUUGUUAAUAACACUAUGCAUGACUUCACAAAGUUCGUCUAACAAUGUUCCAUGAUUUUUCUGAUAUACCUCGACAUAUAUUCUACAUAUUUUAAGUCCAUCUUCUGGAUGUAUGCAUAUUUAUAAUAAAAGCGUUUUUUUGUUGAGAGUCUGUCAUAUAUAAAACCAUACAAUUAUCAA